GUUGUAGGACUAGACCGACGCCACAUCGAGCUGAGCUGUGCCAUGUCAGAACAAGCGAGGAAUAAGCGGGUCAAGCUCUCGCUCAGCCUUGAACGUCUGGGCAGCCUAGUGCAGUCUUAGUUAACAGGUAAUAAGACGGUAGAAGACUUUGUCCGAUAGUCUCCUUCUAACUCUCUUCCUGUCGUCCCAUAAGUUGAGAGCUUUCCUGCAUCUUUUCUAACAAGGCAACCUGAAAGCCACCAAAACCUGGUAAUCCCAUUACCAGUCUUCGGCAGCGACUCCAACAUCGCAUCCUCCAGAAUGGGAGAUCUCUUCCUAACCGCCCCCCGAUUCUUCGGCAACGCCGAAUUGAGAGACGUCCUGAAUGGCCGCGGAACCCUAAAACGAGGCAGCCGCGGCGAAGCAGUAAAGCUCAUCCAGCAAGCCUUCAUCGACCUAGGCGAAGCAAUGUCCGCCGGCGCCGACGGCAUCUUCGGUCUCCAAACCCAUGACGCAGUAGUCCGAUUCCAGAUGAGCAACGGCCUCACCGCGGACGGCAUCAUCGGCCGCAACACCAUGAGCGUGUUGGACGCAACCAUCGCAGCUCACGACAACAACAAUCCCCCUCCACAGCCGCCACAGACCGUGUUGAAGAACGUGCGCUUCUGGAUCAACGCUUUCGUCCCAGGACCCCAGCUGUCGGCUUACGCAUUCCCCGCCCCCGGUCCGUCAUCUGGCAAAAGCUACUUCAAGGAAGCGGGGAUAAUCAGCGGUGCAUUUCUGGGAGAUAACAGGAACUACUCUAGCGACCCGAAUGCGCCCGCUCGGAUGCACAUGCUGGUCGAUUUGAUCAACUUGGACACGCCGGCGGCGGCAAUGGUGAUCCCGAACGACAUCAAGUGCGCCGAGUACGUGGAAAUCGACGCGGCGACUGGCGCGGUGAUAGCGACCAAGCCUGCGUCGACGGCGAGGUGUCGGUUCUUCGACCUGCAGGUUGGUCCUGGGACGGGGUCGGUGAUUACGCUCAGGUUUGAGGGCGCCGUGAAUAACCCUCUUCAAGCUGGGUCGCUGGAUAUCGAUAUGAAUGGGACUAUUCGGAUUGAUCGGACUGCCCUGAAUAUCACGGUGGAGGCUAAGGUGGAGCCUUGGCCUGCUUUUGAGGCUUGGGUCUCGGGAAAUGGAGGGCCUGCGAAGUUCGUUGCGCUGGGGGCUCCGACGCAACCCGGUGAUCAGGCAGGGCAAGCAAAUCGAGAGUUUACUGUAACGACUGGAUUGCUCUGAAGGCCGGGUUUCGAGAGUCGCCUUUCGUUGAUUGGUGCGUCUCGCAUGUGCUAUGUCAUAGUGGCGGUCCUUUCAAUG